UAUGUAAUAUAAAGUAAACAUGAUAAGCUGAUAUACAGACUUUCCAUAUUCACACGUUCAUUUCAGGCAAUUAGUUUCAAUUUUUCAAGAAAAUGGAAUGUGGUAAUUUUAAAAAAUAAAUAAAAUGCUCGGAACAUCCUCCCGACCACGUUAAAUAUUAGAUCCAAAAUCAGAUAUGGCCCCAAGCAAUGGAGUAUACAAAUUUGUGAUCAUUUUCUUGCUUUGUUGUUCUUUAGUUGUAUUUCUUCUAACACAAAAUUUCAUAGAUUAUGAUGUUAGAACUUUUAAUAUUUCGGUGCCGUACCCCAAAGUGUGGUCUCAAUGGGUGGAACCCAUUUUCGAAAAUUAUACAGUUAUAUCUCAAAAUGUUUCACACAUUACAAGACUGACCCCAAAAGAGCCGGGUUACGUGUUUGUGCCAAAGAAUGAUAAAGCAGCCGAUGUUAUGGAAGCCAGAAAAUCACUUAGAAAUAUACCGGAAGCGCCUUAUAUUUUCGGAAGAACGAACAGUGGACCUCAAAAUUUCAACAAGACUUGUGCACCAUUUUCAACCUUGGACAGAAUCAAUUUCAAUAACAUUUAUUGGCAGACGGAAUCCACAGCAAACAUCACGUUCUACUUGCUGAAUGCCUACCUUGAUACCAGAGAGAUGAAUCCAGAUGCUCCAGAAGUAAGAAUUGUACUCAUGGCUGAUGUUAACCCAUCAUUGCAAGAAACAUGCGAAAAUUCCUACUGCCAAAUCUGGUUUGAUCUGAAACACAGGCCACAAAUUGUUCCAGUUCGCGAAUGUCGUCCACUUUGGCAAGACGCUUGGGGGAGAAAUUCACGUUACGUGGGUCGCUUGGUUUCCUGUCCACUUGGACAAUCUGAAUCUCACCUUGACGGCGUCAUUCCAACUUCUGUCUCAUUAGUGCAAAACAUUUGCGACUCUGCAACGAAUAAUCUUCACGUACAUUACGAGCUUCCUGAAUCUGGUGAAGAAGUUGAGCCGAAGGAUGGUGAUGGAGAUCGGCUCCGAUUCGGCGUCUGUGUUAAAGGUCUUGAUUUUCUGGAAGAAGGGAAAAAACCUGCAAGAAUGGUGGAAUGGAUUGAGCUUUUAGGGAUUUUUGGAGCAGAGAAAAUAUUUAUUUAUGAAUUUUCAAUACAUCCAAAUGUAAAGAAAGUAUUGGAUUAUUAUGUCAAGAAGGGAAACGUUGAAGUAUUUCCUGUGACGCUGCCAGGUACAUUGCCAAAUGAGAAAACAUUGAGACACAUGUACAUUUCAGACAAGAAGCAUUUAACAGAAAAGAGAAAAAAUGAGGUGAUCACGUACAAUGACUGUUUAUACAGAAAUAUGUAUCGGUUCGACUUUUUGGCUCUACUAGACACAGAUGAGAUUUUAGUACCCACAGAAGAUGCCAACUGGCAGGAUUUGUUUAACCGACCAGAAGUUGCGGAAGCUAUGAAAGAAAAUUCACGGUCAACAUAUUGCUUUAGACAACUGCACUUCUUUGCUGACCUCACCGUUCCGGAUGUAACUUCCAAUUGCCAUAUGCUCGAGCAUUCGUACAGAGACAUAAAUUUCACUCGACCAGGGGUUGCUGUGAAAUGCUUUCACAAAACGGACCGCACACAAACUUUGCAUAACCACUUUCCAUUCUCAUGUCUGGGCAAGUGCAAAACGUUCAACUUUGACCCAGCAAAUCAAGCAAGGAUGCAACAUUACAGAUCGCUCAGCAGGUUCGAUAAUUUAGUAAAUAGGCCGGAGUGUGAAGGGAUGCAGUACGAAGAGUGUCUAAACUAUUUCACUUCCAUCGACAAAACGCUCUGGAGGUUUAAAGAUGAGCUGGUCCCUAAAGUUGAAGGCGUUAUGAAGGAAAUUGGACUUAUGUAGCAGUAACGAAUAUAUAACUAAUUAUUCAGAAAUGGAAUGACGAAUAUCUAUGUAAGAUCCUGAUAAUAAGGAACCCGGAGCUAUAAUUUAUAUUAACAGAAAUCUAAAUAAGUAUUUAUAUUCUAUAGAUUUAUGAUUGAAGUAUUGACCAAUAAAGAUUUCCUAAAAAGUUUCUGAGAAA